AACAGCGCCGCGGUUGGAGCGUAUGCCAAUGUCUUGGAAAGAAGCGUUUGCAACAUGUAAUGAGGACGCUGGAUUACUAAUGGAACCAGACAACAGUUUAGAUGCUGCAUAUUCUGGUUCGAUCUCGUCCUGGAUGAGCGAUCAAAAUAUAACAGAUAUAUGGGUGCGGGCGAACUUCACACCAUGGCUUUGGUUAAAAGGCUGUUUCACAACAAACAUUAAGUUUCAAGGAAUGCACUUAAAAGACAACCAAGCAAAGGUGUGUCAAGACGUUUGCUCAGAACACAUCUAUUUUGCACUGCAGGAAAACAUGUGUUACUGUUUGAAUAAUACAACUGGAGAAUACACUGAAACAAACGUUCACUGUGAGUUCAAUUGCCCGGGAAACAACAAGGAAGUAUGUGGAGGGAACAACGCUUUGACAAUUUACACAAAUGAGCCAAUGCAAGAACCAACAGAUUGCAACAAACUUCAACGCGAUGUAACGCAGUUCAACCUUGUAGCGACCAAUUGCUCAGAAAAGCUACCAUUCGUUUGUGAAAAAGUCCCGGUCAACUGUGGCUCCAACUUCGUGCAAAAUGAGAGCUCUUUCCUCUAUCCACCUGAUGGAAGUAAUUAUUCAAAUGAUAUGAAUUGCGAGUGGAAAAUAAUUGGCUUCGAAGACUCGUUUAUUCGUCUUGAAGUUAUGUAUACAAUUGAAAGAUGUAAGGAUUGUUAUUGCGACAGUCUUAAGGUUUAUGAAGGUGCAAAACAGGAGGGAUCGCCUGUAAUGACAUUUUGCGGAGUUGGUAAUGGAACAGUCAAUUCCACCACAAAAGAAGUGACCCUUGUGUUUCGUACGGAUCGAACAGUACAAAGCAGAGGCGUUUGGGUUAAAUGGAAAUUUGUGACAAUGGCUCCCAAAACCCCAACAACGACAGGGAUAAAUGCAAGGACGACAACAACAGACACGUCAAGUAUACAUAGAUUGUCGACAGUGAACCCUAAACAAGGAGAUGAACAAUCAAUCAACAACAAAGGAACGAGCUAUGUUGGUCUUAUUGUCGGUCUUGUGAUAGCGACGCUGGUAGCAGUGUCUUUAGCGAUUGUUUGCAUCAUUGUAAUCAGAAAGAAAUUCAAUAAAACAAACGAAGAAAUCGGUAACAGUUUGGAAAUGAAUUCAGUGGAGGCGAAAAACAAUGUACCUAAUACGCUGAACGAUGUUGAAGAUAUGAACAGAGACACAUAUGAUAAGCAUUCAGUGUCGUCCAGUCAAAAGCGUAUUAAUGUAGGCGACGCCGAUGGUGUUUGCCUGCAGGCCACUCUGAACCACAAGACUUCUGAUAGCCUUCACUACAACAGUCAUCAGGACGAGGCGGUUUAUGGCAAUAAAUAG